GUGAAUCGUAUUUCUUAUUUAGUCGUUUUUCGUUUUUUUUUUUAAUAAAAUAGGUCAUUUUCGAUUCCGAUAACGAAAUAGUAGAAACAGUGAACUGCUUCUUGAUUCUUCUUCUCAACAGUGCUGGGUUUGAACUUUGAAGGUUCACCAAAUCCUCCUGAAGGCGUUCUGGUCUGGUGUUCUACUUCUUUCAAAGUUCAUAUUUUUUUGAACUUGAGAUGGGUUUGUGGGAAGCUUUCCUCAACUGGUUACGGAGAGUGUAAGUCCAAGUAGGAUGGCUACAAUCCUGGAAAUGCAAAAUAGAAGAAAGACAGAACAGUCAAGCAUUCCAUCGACGCAUUGGAGAGGCAUGGAGACUCUCCCAACGAAAUUCAAUCUCUUUUUCAAGCAAGAAAUGGAGCUAUCUUUGAUUGGCCUUCAGAAUGCUGGAAAAACAUCGCUUGUUAAUGCUAUUGCGACUGGUGGAUAUAGUGAGGAUAUGAUCCCCACGGUAGGAUUUAAUAUGAGAAAGGUAACUAAAGGCAAUGUGACGAUAAAGUUAUGGGAUCUUGGAGGGCAACCAAGGUUUCGCAGCAUGUGGGAGAGAUACUGCCGUGCUGUAUCAGUUAUUGUUUAUGUUGUUGAUGCAGCUGAUCAUGAAAAUUUACCUGUCUCUAAAGGUGAACUUCAUGACUUGUUGAGCAAGCCUUCUCUAAAUGGUAUUCCAGUGCUGGUAGUGGGUAACAAGAUUGACAAACCAGAAGCUUUGUCUCAGCAAGAUUUGACCGAACAAAUGGGCCUAAAAUCUCUUGCCAACAGAGAAGUUUGUUGCUUCAUGGUCUCUUGCAAAAAUUCCACCAACAUUGACACAGUUGUUGAUUGGCUCGUGAAGUAUUCAAAAUCUAAGAACUGAGGCUUGAGUUCUGAGCAUGAAUCUAUUGUCUGAACAGGCUCUCAGUUUCUUAGACAAAAUAAAGAUGUGCAAAGGAUCCAAGUUCCAUGAGUGCUGAUCCGCUGUCCAUAUUUAAAGCUGUGCAAGGUGUGCACAAUUCUUCUGGGCAGUCUGGAUCUGAUUAUUCAAUGCAGAUUUUAUCAUAUUAAUCUUCAAGGGUGGGCACUGAAAUGCUUAAAUCAGUUAUAUCUAAUAGAUUUGUCACUUCUCCAAUGCUCAAUAUGGGGAUAAUUUUGCAGUCCAAAUUGGUUAACAGAUGCUGCCUCUGAUGUUUGAUUAAUUCAGCUAAAUGAACUGAUAAGGUUCUUUCAAGCUAGCCUGUCUUGCCAUUUUCUGGAUCUUAUGGCAUGUGAAUACUUUACUAGUUGUAAUAAAGUAAGAUUUGACACUGCAAUUGUCUGUUAAGUUUGUACUAAAGUUGGUGUUGACCUUUGCCUUGUAAAGAUUCUGCCUUUGCUACGAGGGGAUUAAAAAUAAAAAUUGAAAAU